AUGGCAUCCCCUACUGACAACAACACAGAGGGUGACCAGCAGGUCCCUGAUGAAGAUGAAGCCUCAGCUGUGAAAAAUAUCCAGUCCCACUAUCUACGAUGCCCUUCUCCCAGCAGAUACUCCACCCUGUCGGAUCGCUUCUCCACCAUCUCCGACAGGUUCUCCACCAUCUCCGACAGGUUCUCCAUGAUCUCAGGGUCAGAUGCUGAGAGCAUCCUCAUGGAGCCAAUACACCUCUCUUCAGCAAUUGCUGCUAAACAGAUCAUCAAUGAAGAGCUUAAGCCCAAAGAGGUGAGAAUACCACCCACCCCAGAGAGCAUGCUGGAAUCUGCUGAGCAGCUCAUGGUUGAGGACCUGUACAAUCGUGUCAAGGACAUGAUUGAUGACCGCAGCCCCUACAACACACCUUGUGUGCUGGAUAUCCAGAGAGCUCUGAUCCAGGAUCGCUUGGAGGCCCCUUUUAACCCAGUAGAUGAAGUUUGGCCCAACAUCUUCAUUGGAGAGCAGUCAGUGGCUGUGAACAAAGGUCGUCUGAAACGUCUUGGUAUCACUCACGUCCUCAAUGCUGCCCAUGGGACUGGUGUUUACACAGGCGAAGUGUUCUACGCCGGCAUGAACAUCACAUAUAUGGGCAUAGAGGUGGAUGACUUCCCCGAAGCUGACAUUUCACCCCACUUCCGUACAGCCGCCGAAUUUUUGGAUGAGGCUUUGCUGACUCAUAAGGGCAAGGUUUUGGUAGAUUCCAUGAUGGGUGUGAGUCGCUCAGCAGUGUUGGUUGCCGCCUACCUUAUGAUCUUCCAUAACAUGUCCAUUAUGGAGGCAUUGAUGGAAAUUAGGAAGAAGCGUCCCAUAAACCCCAAUGAGGGCUUUCUGAAGCAGCUGAGGGAACUCAAUGAGACCCUUAUGGAGGAGCGUGAUGAGGACGAUGAUGAGACUCUUAGCCAGUGCUCUGUGAUCGACACCCGCCUCCUCCAGGAGGAGGAGGAGAGCAUGCUUGGAGUUAAGGCGAAUUCUAUCAUGGUAGAGGAGGAGGAGGACAGUGCCAGUGUAUUAAGUAGUGUGGCCUCUUCUGCUGCAGCUGCUGCACUGAAAGCAGGCAUUAUAGGUGGUCCAAAUGGACCUGACCAAAGGAUAACUGCAGAAGACCCUGCUCUGCCUGGGAAAAGAGGAGAGGAUGAGGAUGAAGAUGAUGUGGAUAGCAUGAUCCGGGAGUGGCAGAAGCGCAACGAGAAGUACCAGAAUGAAGACUGGUGGGAGGCUCAGCUGAUGUGCGAUGAAGACGGCAACGAAUCACUUCAAGACGAUGGUAAGCAGCCACGGCGACCUGAGGAUCUGGAGAGCGUGACUAGUGAGGAUGUGAGGAUGGUAAAGGAACGGCUGAAGCGUCGCCCACGGCGUGCUCCCUCGGAUUCCAUGUCUACAGCGAGUUGCAGUAGCUAUAGUGACCUGUGGAAACAGCGUCUCAAAGAAAUCGAAGAACAAGCUGCUGCACGAUACCGUCGCAAGGAAAACGACGAUGAUACAAAUAGCGAGGCAAGCGCAAAGAAGAUAGAUGAUGAGCUAGAAAGCAUACUCUCAGAUUCCACUUCCAUGUACAAUUUCUGCUCAAAAAACAAAGAAAAACUCACCCCUUUAGAACGAUGGAAGAUUAAGAGGAUCCAGUUUGGCUGGAACAAGAAAGAAGCAGAGGGGGAGAAGGGUAACAGGGAGCAGAAGGAGGGUGAGGCUGAGACACCUACUCCAGCCUUAGAGGAUGUGAAUUUAACAGCCUAUCAAAGCUGGAAACUGAAACAGCAAAAGAAAUUCGGUGGCGAGGAGAAUAAGGAUGAGAUUGUCGAACUGAGUCGGGGAGAAGACUCUGCCACGAUCCGGCGGAGACAGCGACGUGAGGAAGUCCUGGAACGCUCAAAGAAAACUCUGGAGGAGAGCCAAUCGGUGUGUGGCUGGGAAACAGAGAGCGCACUCAGUGGUAGCAUCCCGCUCUCUGCCUUCUGUGCUGGAGCUUUCCCCGCACCAAGUGUUGCUAGUGAUGACAACAUGUCCAUGUUGAGCGGUCGGUCAUUUGUCAUGUCUCAAGCCCGGAGUCUGCGGUCACAGCCUCCAGGUACACCACAGCUCCCUGAGAUACCUGUACCUCCUCUACAAGGUCCCAACGGAGAGCCUAUGGUGAACAUAGCAAACAUCCAGAACUGGAUUGCCAAUGUGGUUUCAGAGACUCUUAUGCAGAAGCAAGAAGAGAUGAUGAUGGCAAGGAGCUUGCCUCCAUCAAAAGCAGGCUCUGUGUUUAGCUUUGGUGGUGGGUCGAGCAUUGGCCCUGGGCGAAACCUGGAGGACGAUAAGGUCUCAGUGCUGAGUGGAUCAUCAUACUCCAGUUCUCUGUCUCGUGGCAGAGCUGAGUCUGUGCUCUCUGCAGGACGUGCGUCAAACCUCUCUGGAAUCUCUGGCCUUGGCUCACGCAAGAGCAAAAUCACGACAACCAGUGUCCCCUUGUACAGCCUCUUCGAAGAUCAGGUAAACCUGGACAAACUCAACUCCAUUGACAAAGAAAUAAAGUCAGGGAUGAAGGAUAAAAUGGAUGCUUACAAAAUGAAAAAGAUUACAGAGGACAACAAACGCAGCACCCUCUUCAAGAAGAAGAAAAAGGAGGAGGAUGAAGAAGACGACGAGGGUGAGAGCGGUUUAGGGAAAUCAGAAACUGCAUCAAAAGGACACAACCCCAUCAAUUCUUCAAGCACAAAUACUAAUGAACGCCCAAAAUUCCAAAGAGAUUUUGGUCUUUCAGGAAGACUCAACCUGCCGGCUUCAGCACGUAACACUAACAGCAGCAUUGAUGAAUGGCUUAGAAAUGUAAGACCACCCUCUAGCAAGCCUGGAUCUUAUGAUGAAGAUACAACUGAACCUCGAGUCCCCAGGACAACGUACAGCCCUCCUCAAGAAUCUUCUGAGUAUGAUUUUAACAGUCGAAGAACAUCCCUGAAUGCAGAGGAAAGUGAAGAGGAGGAUUAUAUCAGUGCAAGGAGAUUUUCCUCUAGGUACCGUGCUGACCUUGACGCUGACUCAAGUAGGGAUGCAAGCCCAGAACCCCAAUAUCGAUCAAGACGUUCACCUCUGGGAGCAGAAGCCUCUUUCAAUGGCUUUUCAGAACUUAGCAGCAAUAGAACUGGAAGGUCGUAUGGUAGAGAAGAAGGAGAUGAGGAAAGCAACUACCAGGAGUACUCUGCAAAACGGAAGUUUACUCAGUAUUCCCGAUAUGAGGAUAAUGAGAUGGAGGGGAGAAGCCAAACCAGGCAAGACAACAAGGACGAAGAAGACGUGUCUGCUUUCAUCAGUCGGAUAAGGCAGAAGUCAAGAGCACGUGUAGAGGAAGAAUUUGAGGAAGAUGAUGUCAUUGCUGCAUGGAGGAAGCAAGAGGAGUCAAAGUCACACAAAAGAUAUGACUCUUAA